AUGUAAGAGAGAGAAAUGAGUGAAGAAGUAAGAAAUGAUAAUCCUUAUAGCAGAUUAAUGGCAUUAAAAAGAAUGGGAAUAGUUGAAAACUAUCGGUAAAUAUAUGAGUAGGUGAUCUGGGAUAAGUUUUAUGUGAAAUAUUUACAUGGAGUAAUUUGGAAAAUUGAUACAGUAUGAU